AUUGGUGCUGUGGAAUAGUUACCCUGCAUGGAGCUUACUUUAGUUACUUUUACUGCCUUGUCCGUCCGCUGGAAGAAUUGCAAAUCUGUUAGUUAUUGGGUGCGGGCAGCGUGAGGAAACCCCCCGCCACUGACGUUUCUCCUGGUGGGGUAUCUUGUGUAGAACCCCUGGGCUGGGAUCUAAUUAACGGCCGCCCCGCGUCAGGCGACACUGUAGUCAUCCACCGGGUGGUACUGCGUCUAGAGUAAACCCGAACUAAACCUUCACUCUCGACUUCUACACAUCUUCCGCUUCUUGGCGAACACCACUUCACACACCAUACCCACACAAAGGCAAGAGAUCUGCCAGCCAACCGUCAUCAUGCCCGGAGCUCUCGACGGGAACCAAGAAGCUGCCCGCCAGUCGCCCGGUCGACACAUUGAGCUCGUAGAGGACGAGGCCCAUUCUGAACGGGGUGAUGGGGACCAUAGUCCAGCCCUAACAGAUAGCAAAGGCUGGGACGGAAAGCUGCGCGUUGAUCGCAGCGCUCUCCUACAGAACCCCGAGGCCUUGUCAGAUCCAGAGUACUCAGACGACGAGAAUGUCCUGCCCGGUGAAGAGCUCGCCGCUGACGAAGACAUCCUGAACGACGAAGACCCAGAGACAGAGGACAUUGCUCUGAUACAGGCACGCAUCGGUAACAUCCCAGCUCUACACCUAGAACGAUUCAAGCACGUCGCCCGCCUAUGUCUUCGCCAGAACCUUGUUCAGCAUAUUGAAGGACUGUCAUCGCUGGGCUCUACACUUGAGGAGCUGGACUUGUACGACAACCUCGUCGCGCACAUCAGGGGACUGGAGGACUUGACAAACCUUACCACACUAGACCUGAGCUUCAACAAGAUCAAACACAUCAAGCAUAUCGAUCACCUCACGAAACUCACAGACUUAUUCUUUGUGUCCAACAAGAUCAGCAAGAUCGAGGGACUCGAGACGCUUGUGAACCUGCGUCAGGUUGAGCUGGGUUCAAACAGGAUUCGAGAGAUCAAGAAUCUCGACAGCCUCAAGAACCUCGAGGAGCUGUGGUUGGCCAAGAAUAAAAUCACCGAGAUUAAGGGUCUUUCCGGCCUCCCUAAGCUUCGACUGCUCAGCAUACAGUCCAACAGAAUCAAGGAUCUCUCACCUCUUCGUCAAGCUCCGCAGCUUGAGGAGCUGUAUAUCUCUCACAAUGCUCUGGAGAGUUUGGAAGGGCUGGACGGCAACCCUAGUCUGCGGGUUUUGGAUGUAUCGAACAACAUGAUCCAAAGUCUCAAGGGUCUCGAACCUCUCAAGGAGAUCGAAGAGUUCUGGGCCAGCUACAACCAGAUCGGCGAUUUCAACGAUAUCGAGCGGGCGUUGAGGGAUAAGGAGAACUUGACAACGGUCUACCUUGAAGGUAACCCGUUGCAGCUCAGGCAACCUGCCCUGUACCGGAACAAGGUGCGUUUAGCAUUACCGCAAGUACAGCAAAUCGAUGCAACAUUUGUCAGAACAUCUUAGGGCAUCGGCGUAAACGGGAUUCAUCGAGCUGGUUUGUUGCAUAGCUGGGCGUUCAGGUGUGGCUUUUCUUAAGCAUGAUGGCACGUUGAAUGCGGAUUACAAGCAAAAGAUACGCAUGGCUCACGCCAGAGUUUGCCUCAGC